UCUUUUGUCGUUGUUUUUUUGGUGCGUAAAACCCGGUUAGUGAGCUGAACAUCUGAGGUUAGCAGCUCAAACACCAUUGGCUGAGAUUGUAGUUACGUCAUGUAGCUGUACGUCACUGUGAAGGGUUUUAAAUUGAAAUAACUCUUUUAUUUUCUUAAAAUAUACUUCCCUUCGUAUGCAUUCAGGUUAUCAACUAGUUUGUUAUAAUGCAUCUAUUAAAACGUAAACAAUUAGCAUAUUGGUUGCCAUCAAUUACCUACAUCACUAGUAUUAAAAUGGUUCUGUGUAAAAUAUACCAAAGUAAUUCAUUCCACAUUGGAAUUGCCUUGAUUUACCUUUUCUUUAAUUGAUUGAAAUGGGAAUUGAAUCAACUACUAACAAUGUUGUUUCAGAACUAAACACUGAAGUAGGAGUUUGUAAUAUGGAUAAAAUGAUCUGUCAGUGUGUCUGAUUUGAUGUAUUUGAUAUUGCCAUCUCUCGUUACAUCACAUAGAUCCUUUAGAAAAUCCAAUGUUGCUCUUGAAUGGAGACCAAUGCACUCCUCGUGAAUACUGGAAUCCUCAUAUGUUUUUAUACAUUUAUUCCCACAUUCUUUUUUUAUUUAUCUUUAACUGUUUAUUUUUGUGUGUGUUUGAGGAACUCCGGUUUGCCUUGUUUAUUGUUAUCCGAUCUUCCUUUCUUAUUUGUUGCUAGUUAUUAGUGUCUGCAGCUGCUGGGUUUCUUCACGGAAAUCUAAGUAUAAUCUCACCAACAGUUUAUUUCAUGUCACCACAUAUUUUAAUAACCGUUUUGUUUCUCACAGAAAUUGGGAUGGGGCUGACAGGGUUCGGCGUGUUUUUCCUCUUCUUUGGGAUGAUGCUGUUUUUUGAUAAAGCUCUCCUCGCCAUUGGAAAUAUCCUGUUUGUUUCGGGCCUGUCCUUCGUCAUCGGCCUGGAGCGAACGUUCAGAUUCUUCUUCCAGAGACACAAAGUGAAAGCCACCAGCUUCUUCCUCGGAGGGGUGCUGGUGGUUCUCAUCGGCUGGCCGAUCGUUGGAGUCGUUCUGGAGAUCUACGGUUUCUUCCUCUUAUUCAGAGGGUUCUUCCCGGUGGCGGUGGGCUUCAUGAGAAGGGUACCUGUGCUCGGGUCUUUGCUCAGUUUACCAGGGAUCAGUGCACUGGUGGAUAAAAUUGGUGAGAGCAACAACAUGGUAUAACAGAGGACUGUUUUUGUAUGAGAGGAGAGCGUCAGUAUUUAUCAUAUAGUUAUCAUAGUUACUGUAUACUUUGGUCAUUGCCACUCCAGAACUGUGAAUCCAAACUAAGUGCAUCUGUGGGUGUUUGACUGACGUCAUGGUGUUUUGAAUCUGACAGCCAAGACAUUUUUUCAAUUAUUAUUUUAAAAGCUGGAAGCAGGUCUCCCAUUUUGUAUCAUUCCUGUCUGAUAUUUAUGGGCCGAUGACUUGGGACCACUGGAUUCACUCAGCGGAGAGUCGGGAGCUCUUUGCAGCAUCCUCUCCUCUGGAUUGUGUGCCUGAACUGAGAGCUUCAAUGUUACUGGAAUUUUGUACAUUAAAAAAUAAAUAAUAUUGAGCUAAAUGUAACUUGGGCAAAAACAGCGGAACAUAGUUUAAGGUUUAAGAUGCUUUCUAUGGAGAUGUUUUACUGUAACUUUUGUAAGUGCAUACUUGGAAUAAAGUGUCUUUUAUAA